AUGACUACGGAUUCGUUAACCUAUAGGUUAGACGAUCUGUUGUCUAGCUUUUACAGGAUUGAAAGGCUCGAGAAGGUCAACUUCCACCAAUAUGUGCCAAAGAAACAAGAGGAUCAAUGGUCGAUUCAAAUGGAAUUGCUGUUGAGGAAGCAGGAUCCCCGUAAUUUAGUAGCACUAUUAUCAAGAGAAUUAUGGUGCUUUAGCAUUAACGAUCAAGAGGUCCCUACUCCGCCCAAAUUAGGUGGUGAUGAGAGCAACAGCGAAGAAUUGAUUCCUGAUAAAAAGGGCCAUUUUACCGCAGAUUACUCUAAACCAAAUCUACCACCCCAUUAUGCACUUUUCUUGAAGGCGUUGAGGAGAAUGAUCUACAUCAACAUUACUGCAAAAUCUUUUAACAAGUUAAUUCCCUACGGUAAUGCCUGUUUCUCUUUAGAUGGAGUUAAGGCAUGUCAAGUCCUACACAUCGAACCUCAUCUUUUUGACAAUGGAGAACUGGUGACCACCAUUACUACAAAAUCGCCUGGUUUAGCACCUUUGUCCAUUGACCGUAUUGAGGACAGUUUCUUGAAAAAUCAUGCAUUGUAUUUGGCGCCAUCAGGAAUUAGAAUGUAUUUGCCAUCCAGCAACAAGCAAAAAUGUCUAACCCGUCCUCCCAAAAAUGCAGAAGUACUGUUGAUGACCCUCUAUGUGUCCCAUGGUAUAAGGUUGAUUGAAAAGAGAGAUUUGCAAUGGGUUAAACUAAUACCUCACCUGGGUCAUCUCAACGGUCUUACUCCCAAUAUAGCAUCAUAUAUGGAUCCCCCAACGGAUGCAAGAACCAUCAUUUGGCCGUUAGAUCUUUGCUUUGCACAGGUAGUUUCGGAUAACCAAUUCGACUCAAAAGAGAGUCCGUGCUAUCACGACCUAAACGAUGCCUUUGAUGUCAUUGAUGAUUUUGUUCAACUGAAACAGACAUCUGCAUAUCGUACUCCCAAGAGCUCCAGUGGUACCACGGGUGCUGUUCUUUCAGGAAAUGCUCUAAGCUCCGGCGGCGCCUAUACGGAUCAAUUCCAACCGUAUUAUAGGAGUCAAAUAGGUAGUGCCCCCAGUACUUCGUAUCUUCUAUCGAAGGAAAAUUCAGAUCUGAAACCUAUUUCAAGAGACACAUCACCAGCGUAUUCGAGCUUUGAAAAACCAUUGACUGGAUCUGGUGAACAUUUUGGUCCAAGUGCCUUUUCUACAACACCAAGUUUAAAUGAAUCAGAAAUAUUUAAUGACAAGAAAUCUUUAAUGAAUGAGGGGGAUGUUAGUCCGUUAAAGUCAGAUGUAGGUACCAGCCUGAAACAAAUGCUUCGUGAAACCGAACCACCAAUGGCUCCAAUGGCAAUGGUUUCGCCAAGUAGGGAUGUGAGUCCUUCUCAAAAGCAUGAAGCAGUUACUGAUUCACCGAGAGACGAGGAACUAUUUGGAGAUGAGGAUGAUGAGGAUUUAUUUGGAGAAAGUAAUAAUCUAUCAAGUGGCGAAAACAAGUCUCACGGAGGUACACCAGCUAGAAAGGGUAAAUCAGAUGAAAUAACAGAUGAUAUGUUCGGUAUGUCUGAUGACGAGGAGCAGGAUCAUAACGAGAAAGACAAAGAGAGUCCAUAUUUCUUCAGAGAUGGGAGACCACCGCCUUUGGAACAGCCUCUCAAGAAAGCUAACUUGAAGCGCAAAUAUCUGGAUAUACCGAUAGAAGAGAUGACACUAACACACACACCUCUUUAUACAGAUCCAGGUGCUCCAUUGCCAAUCGAAACCCCAAGAGAAAAACGUAAAAGUGUAUUUGCUCCUCUAAAUUUCAAUCCAAUAAUCGAGAGUAAUGUAGAUAACAAGUACAAAAACGGCGGUAAAUUUUCCAUCGGCCCCUCUCAUAAUGACGAAGCGCUUAUAUUCGAUAUUUCUACUGCAGACAGUUCUAGUUCCGAAGAUGACAGUGACUCAAGUGACGAAUUUGAAGGAUUAAACAUUAGGCCGGAUAUAAGGUCCACAGAAUUAACCACUCAAGAUCCUCAGUAUGGAAGUUAUCUGCAGGGCGUACAAGAUUCUGUGCCCCAAGAAUUACUGAGAAAUGAGCUAAUGUCCACUAGCGUACCGCCAGGUAGUGAAAUGCUGAAAGAAGGUUCCAACACCAUAUGGAGAAUGUCAAACCCAGAUAUUUCACAACCUGAGUCAUUACUUACCACAUUAAAUGAUAAUCUGGCAACUGAUGGAACUUUAACAAAAAUGAGCACGACACCGGAUCAACUUACUGGCAUAAGCAAAAUAACAAGGGGUGGACAACUCCCGCCUUUCUCUGAGAAUGAAGUAUCUUUACCAGAAACCACAGAUACUUCGUUAAUGCCCGAAUCAUCAAGUAGUUUACCAUUUCUAUUACGACAUAUGCCGCUUUCGUCAAUUCCAGAUGUAUUCUACAGUUCAAACAUCAGUGCGACUAUUACGAGGAAAAACCAAGAUAUUUUAGGUCUAUUAGCUGAACAAAUUGUCUUUGACAGCGAUAUGUUUGACGGAGUAGGAGGUCCAGAUAUAGCAUAUUCUGCACUCAAGGAGUGCAAUGAUUUAGGUCUCAUAUCAAAUACUAUGCGUGAUCUCUUCAGUGACUUCUCAAGAAUCAGAGGUGACAACAUAAUAUCAAAGAUUUAUCCGAUAAAAGUUCCUUCCAUUCAUGUGAGAAGGCACCAUGAAGUUAUUAAGAUGAAUGCAGACUCUCAACUAUUCAGCCAGUAUUUGAACGUAAGACCUGCUAAAGGAAUCAAAAAUUUUAGAUUUUUGAUGUUAACUGCCUCAUUUUUUGAAGAUUGUUCAUCAUUUGUCUCAACCCUUUCACAGACUUAUAUAAAUUAUGAAUUUGGGUUUUGUGAACUGCUCAAGCUGACAGGUGAAGACACACAAGGAUUGAACUUUCUCCAGAAUUUCGAGGAGAGUAAACUACUGUUACUUGCCGCUCAGAUUGUGUCCUACUGCUCAACCAAUAAGAAUGCUGGCAAGGACGUACCACUCAUGAUAAUAUUACCAAUUGAGACAAAUAGUCUCGAAGAGAUUGUUACCAAGACCAGCAAGUUCGAAACGAUUCGUAACGAGGUUUUGUCAAAGAUACCGAAUGCACAAUUAUUUUUGAAAUUAAUCUCAAUGGAAUUCGUGAGGAAUCCGUUGAUAUCUGUGGACUCUUAUGGAAAUUUAUGCCUAAGCAUCUACAACAUUUUGCCCCCAAAGGCACUCAAAUUCACCUCAAUUGCAUGUACUCUUCCUAAGGAGAUAACCUUCAGGACAAUGCAACAAACGAAUGCCUCCUCAGCCAUACAUUACGAUGCAUUCAUUCAUCUUGCCUAUGCAAGAAGUGUUGAUAAGGAAUGGGUAUUUGCAGCCUUAUCAGAUAGCACUGGUAACGAAAAUAUGAUCAAGACACUUUACGUUGGAAGAUCCAGAAGCAAGUUCGAUGAAGCUUGUAAUGAAAUAUGGGCGUCAGCUCUUCGUCUCGCAAGUACAAAGUGUGGCAAAUUAUGUUUGAUCCUAACCAGAUUGAAUGGUGUCUUACCCGAUGACGAAUUAAUGAAUUGGAGACGUUUAUCUGGAAGAUCAAUACAUCUUGCAGUUGUAUGUGUCGAUGACAAUACAAAGAUUUCAUUUUUGGAUCAAGAUGAUUCCUAUCCAACUUUCAAACCGCUUUUACAAAAUGGUGAGAGGACGAAGAAAUUAGACACUUCCACUUUUGAUGAUUAUGAAGUAAGAAAUAUUUAUGAUGACGUUCAUGGUGUCAUUUUCCGAAACUCUUUCCCCUUGACCAAUUCACAACACCGGUGUGCCAUUAAGAGUGGUGCUUUGAUCAGAUACAAAGAUUGCGACGGUGAUAAGAUUCUGGAUAAAUUUGAGGUCAAUCUUUUGAACUGUCCCCAUUCAGAUAGCACGAAAUUACUGGAAACAAUUUUAGAAGAAUUUAGAAGUCUAAGUGCAUUGAACUCGUGGUUUGGAAUUUCUAGCGGCAAGAUCACACAUGUCCCAUGGCACGUUCUUUCAGUCAAAAAGAUGAUGAAAGUUCUAGUGCAUACAAGAGUAAAAGUCCUUGAAUGA